AAGUAAAGGUUAAGAUGGAUUUUAUUGGUCUCCCUCAGUACUGCAAAGCUUUCUUAGGACGCUGUGACGUCAUUGCCUCCUCAACGAUCGCUAAAACAAUAGACCCACAUACAUAUAUUAGUAGACAGUUUCUUUUACCAGCAGCAAUCAAACAACGAGCAAGAGAAAACAAAGUGUGACCUUCACUGAUUUCCAUGACCUUGUCUGAUUCGCUCGAAUUUAAUUAAAUUUGCGACAUCUGUAAUAUAUUGCACAGGAGAUGCAACGGUGUAACUUGCAAAAAAUCAACUUAGACUCAGUGGAAAUCGAUGGUUGAUGAAAAUAGAACUACUGGCUAAGUACCAAUUAUCUAGGGUUGUGACGUCAUUUUGAACAUUGAACGAUUUGUUUCCAUGGCGAGAAGAAAAUUGGGACACAUGCGCCAUAGUUCUCACACCGUUUCAAUAGAUUUUUUUUCCACAAUUGAUUUUCUGUUUUGAAUACAGUUUCUUUUUACAAGAUAUGGACCCCCUUCUCCGGCUUAAUGCGAGGUUAUUGAUGUGCCCGUCUGUGCUCAAGGUUCAUAUCGGAAAAUCUGGAAACCCCGUGCCCGUCACGAACAGUAAAUGACAUAAAGACACGCAAAUGAACGCGAUUUAAUUAAUUCUUAGCAAGGAAAUACGUUUACGGCACGAACAACCUCCAUUUUAUCAACACAACUUUUUCCGAUUUUCAUGCCGAAGCAUAUAACUCAAGAAUACACCAAUUACUGCAUGUAAAUUUUAUCCAGGGACAUGUUAUUGCUGGUAUAGUAUACAGCAGUUAUCGCGUGUUGACCCGUUGUUUAGGAAGGGAAUUCUUUGUCUCGAGCAGUUUAAAGAAAAGCCACCUUUUGGUGAAGACGUGUCAGUUUGAUUUAAAGCAUAUCAUAACAAAAUACGCCAGAGCCGAUUGAUAAUUAUGCGGUCUUUGGUCACCAAGAGAUGAAUGAAUAGCCGAGAAUUCUCUUAGGUUUGCGUGACACUCUAUUAUUUUUUUUUCCUGAUGUCUCCAUCGGAUCUCCUCGCUAGUACAUUUGGAAUCCAAUUACUGUUGCGUGCAGAGGCAAUAUGGAUGGGUUUUUCCGGUGAACAGCGCAUUGUGCAAAAGUAUAAUGUGUCUAUCGGCAGAAUAACUGUCGACUGUGCAAGCCAUACGUGAAGGAUGAUUGAGUUUUAAGUAUUGGGAAAUCCGCAUGCGCAAGAAUGUUCUGUAUUGUUGAUUUUCAAGUGGAUGGCGGUUUUGUUGACAUUCGUGUGUACGAUGCGUUAGAGUGUUGACGUACGAAGAAAACGUUGUGAGAGAUAAUACAUGGUGAUUCUUCGGUGAACUAAAAAAGAUUAAAACAAUGUCAAUGCCUCACCGUACGCAGAGACAACAAUGUUACUUGUGCGAUUUACCCCGCAUGCCAUGGGCAAUGCUGCACGACUUUUCCGAGCCGGUAUGUCGUGGGUGUGUCAACUAUGAAGGUGCAGAUAGGAUAGAAAUGGUACUGGAGAGUGCACGGAGUAUGAAGAGGUCGCAUGGAUUCCACGAGAGUCGCCAGUCAGUGAAACACCACGGACUGCCUCCCCAGAGGACUGCCAUUGACCAGCAUGGGUCCAUUGACCACCCACGUGGCCACCCGCCCCUCGAGCGUUACGACAGCCGGUCUAGAGCCAUGAUGAGUGACUAUAAUACGCCGCCACAGAACCAUUCUAACGGUGGUGUCCCGGGGCGGGUCGAGGAUCAAAUGCAAGAGCACCACCGCGCGUCCAACAUGCCGAUGUCGUCGGCUCGAGCAGUGUCAGCGGUGUUUCCCAUACACCAUCUUCCGGACCACAAUGCCAGGUUUUGCGCACACCCCCAGGGCAGACCAGGGUACGUACCCAACCCAAACGUCGCUUCAAUGGGCAGUCACAGUCUGCAGCAUACAAAGAAACGUAGCGCGGACCAUGAUGAUGAUGAUGCUUCAGGCAACCAUCAUGAGGAUAACAUUUUCAAAUUUACUUCGCCGGAAGAUAUGGCGAAGCGUCCACAAAUUGUCCGCGAAACAAUUGCAGCCUUGUCGUCAGCAGUUCCGUUUGAAAUUCGAUUCAAGAAAGACUAUCAUUUUGUUGGACGUGUCUUUGCAUUUGAUUCAACUUCGAAAAAUGGUGUCGAUUUUGAGUUGAAGGUGUUCAUGGAGUACCCUCUUGGUUCAGGUAAUAUUUACAACAGUGCAUCAAGUGUUGUAAAACAAAUGCACGUAGACAGCAUGAAAGAUGUGGGCAAAGGGCUCUCAUCUGGUUACAAGUAUUUGGAGUACGAAAUGAAGCAUAAUUCGAAUGACUGGAAAGUUUUAAGUGAGCUUUUAUCAGAAACUGUAAGGUUUUUCAAAGAAGCUGUUAAACCUGAAAUAAUUCCAUCUCCCUACCACAACCCAAGUUUACCACCCUUGCCAACACCGAACACACGGCCACAUGUUCCUCUUGCACACACCCGAAGUCAGGGGUCCCAUGGAUCUUUUGAGGGACAGUCUAAGAAGAGGAAGGCGUCCCCUGAACCGGAUAACGAUUUUGGAGAGCAAAGGAAGCGUCAGCAAUGGAUUCAAAGCCAAUCGGAGGCGCUGAAGAUGACCAUGAAUUCCACGGGGUACGGGUCUGCUGGAUCCUCGUCGACCUCCCCAUCAAGUAACCACACCCCUACUCCACCAGAGGGCGCUACAAUGAACGGCCCCUCGCCAAUGGCUGCCUUGAUGAACGUUACCGAUAACAUCACUUCCGGUCCCGUCUCGCCGAACAACCGGAACUCCCUCACAAAUCCGGGUAGUUCGCAAGGAACCUCUGUGGCAAGACGGGGUCCACCAAUAUCCAUCAAAGAAAGUGCCCCGUCUUCGUUGUUGGAGACCAACGUACAAAGCUCAGAGACCUUAAAAUGCACACUUUGCCACGAGCGUCUCGAGGACACGCACUUUGUACAGUGUCCGUCAAUAAGUGAGCACAAGUUCUGUUUCCCGUGCUCCAGGAAUAGCAUCAAAAUGCAAGGCGCUGGAUCAGAGGUGUACUGUCCCAGUGGCAAAAAAUGCCCCCUGGUUGGGUCCAACGUUCCCUGGGCUUUCAUGCAGGGGGAAAUUGCGACAAUUCUGGGUGGCGAAGUAAGACCAGACAUGAAUAUCAAAAAGGAACGUGACACGUGACUUUACUAGAAAUAUUUAUGUGACUAAAACCGAAACCCAAAACGGUUUUUGAUAUUCUCUCUCAGUUUAUAUUGUCCAAGUAUUUCUUGCCUGCAAACAAGAAGAUAUUCGAGAAGAAUAUACUUUAUCAAAGGAGUUACGGAAGCGUUUUUCGGGCAUUGACAUUGUGUCCACUGACUUCAUUUUUUGUAACAUCGGUUAAUAGCACAGACGAUGAAACUGGUGUUAAGCAUGCCUGAAUUUCGGACACUUGCGCAAGAAAGCAUUGAGACAGUUGUGAAAAAUAGAUUAAAAGCAAAAGAUUGCGUAAUUUGCAAAUUUUUGUGUGACAUUUUUUCAUGUUUUUCAACAACUGCCGAGUGCCGUGGUCAGUUCCCGCUCCAUUAUACACUUGUGGUGUCGUGUUUUAUCGAACUUAUAUGUCUACAAUUUGUGCUGCUGUACUACUGUAUGAUCACAGUUUAGACAAAUUUUCAACGCACAGACAUUUACUUUUAUCGUCGUGAUAAAUGUUGAUAUAUUGUUUUUAUUUUUAAAAGUUGUUUUUAUCGUUAUGUAUGUUAAUUAUUCGUAAAUACAAGAAAAUUUCAACACUU